CAGACCCUCGGCAAACACUGCAUCUCUUAAAAAGCCACAGGGAAAUGCGUCUCCUUCCCUUCUCCCUGAGAUUGAAAUAAAGUGUCAGCCGCAGUUAGAGAGAACCGGGACGAGGAGGGAGGAUGACUUGGAAACUUGGACAGUGUGGCUUAAACAAAGUGACCUUGAAUAAUUCAGAGUACAGGGAUGUGCUACAGUAAGAGAAGACAGAUAGAGGGGAGUGUAUACUGUACUGUAUAUGAGGUUAACCUUUCUGUCAUGUUAAAUAAGCUGUGACACUCAUUCACAGACAACAGUAUCACCCUGUGAAGUGUAAAACGACUAACAUACAGUACAUGAUAGUAACAGGUAAAUACAUAGAGGUACAGAAUACUGUAAGGAGCAAGAGGGCAUAUUAAGUUUAGCCUCUUGUGGCUGUGUCUAAUUGAUGGUGUUGCUAUGGGAGUUUGUGCUAAGUCAUGCAGAUUUGAAGCAAUAAGGUACUGAAGGCUAUUCUUGGUGUUACGCAAUCUCCCUCUGGCUCCAUCUCUCUGAUGCAAAAGAGAUCCCUUGUAUAGUCAGAAGGCUCUGUAGACCUAGAUGAUGUCAUCUCUGAAUAUAACCCCCUCCUGUCAUCGUCUCUACAGGUCGGACGUUUCUUUGGGGAAGUGGACGGGUCUGUGAUGGCAGCGUUGAUUAAGUCGGGCAUGUACAAGAAGGUGUCGUUGUAUGACUACCAGGGAAUGUGCAGAUCAGGACACAGUCAUUCCAGUAGUGCUCGCCCUCUGCUCAGCCCUUUCUAUGGCCUUGCUGCAGUGAUUAAAUGGUUCUUCUCUCACAUGUUGAUGUUCUUACUGGAGUUCAACUUCUGUGGGCUAUGGCACUCGGAUUACGUUGUAGAUGCCAAGGCUGGCUACCAUACAUCCCAUAAAGCAAAGAGGACGGACGCGUUGCAGCCGUGUGACACAGAGUAUCCUGGCUUCAUGUUAGACAACUCCAUCAAAGAGACCAACAGCCUCCUCAAAUGUGGACGCUGUCAGAAGAUGUUUGUGGUGCAGGCAGUCCCUGACAGUAACCUGGUGUUGAUGGUGGUUCAGGCGGACUGUGACUGCUCCCGGCAGUACUCCUCCAUCACCCUGGAGCCCAAAGAAGUCAAAUACAACGCAUCAGUCAAGUGUAACAGGAUGAAAUCUCAGAAAGUCCGGCGGCGCCCAAAGUCCUGCCAUGCCUACCAUCCUAAGGAAAAUGCCAAGGACUGUGGAGGAGCUUCAGAGAUCAGCCUAUCGGUGGCCCUCUUCUUGUCUUCUCUGGCCACCUCAUUGGCCCUGCGCAGAUGGAAUUAACCAGGCUCCAUCUCGCUUAUGGCCUGUGGUUCUCAGAUGGACAUGAGAAUGCAGACUAAACAAUCUUAACAUUCCAUUUUUGUACAUUUUCUAAAAGACCUACAACUACGUAAAUAACCUACUAACACAGUAGUUCAAGUCAACUCUGGAGUAACAAUAAAAGGGCUAUUUUCUCGUAAGACUCCUUUUCCCACACCGAUAGAGAAAGAAACGAACCAGUCCUAACAAAUGCCUCAAUUUCUUUUGUACGAGCCAUGGGAUAUGAGUUUGUGGACAUGUGAAUCGAAGGGAGAGACUGUUAUUUUCAUGGAGACACUGAUAUGGUAGAAAGAUUUCAGCCCUCUACAGGGCAAUCCAUCUUAGUGCAGACUGAAGGACAACCACCCUGACAACCUCACUCAGCUGGAGAACUGUUGCCAUAAUAUGCCCAUCAACAGGAAAAUAGGAACAUUUUCUCAUAUUUAUACACAGUAACAUUAAGAUGUACUGUAUUGAUACUGUUGUUUUUUUGUAUGUUGGAAUGAACUACGGUACCAAAACUUUGUGCUACAAAAGAGGAAGGAAUAUUAAUCUCUAAUUUAUAAGCAAUAAUGUAUGCCAUUACACUGGUGAUUUGAAUGGAACAUGCUGGUGACAAUUCCCUCAGAACUGAGAGGUGAGAUCUAGUAUAGUUUAUGAUUACUGGUACGCAUGAAGCUUUACGAAAUAAUUGUCAGGGGGAGGAGACUGUUAAACAAUAACCUAUUGUCAAAUGUGAAUCAGAACACUACAUAUUUUUCUGUCUUAUUCCCAACCCCACUGGACACAGGGCUCAAUAGAAUCCGUCUCGCCGUAGUCCAGCGCAGUAGCUCUAAUUGAGCUGACAUAUGCAGUGUUUACUGUGAAUGCAGUCUCCUCAAAAGCGGGAACAUUGCCUUUAAAUUUAAAUUGCGCUAUAGCGACGAAUUACGGCGAUACGGAUUGAAUUGAGCCCAUACUUACAUGAGAAGCUGAGAGCAGCACAGGAUCAUCCACAGAGCAGCAUUAUCAAAUCAAGCACAUUUUAUUGGUCACAUACGUGUUUAGCAGAUGUUAUUGCGGGUGUAGCGAAAUGCUUGUGUUUCUUGCUCCGA